ACACUACAACUCUAAUGCAGAAUCUUACUCCAGAAUGAGCACUUCCCAAUCUCAGGUUGUAUUACAAUCAUCCAGUGAUCCACAUAACAUUAGGAUGAACCCUGCUAUUCUCCACUCAGGCGGAGAGAGAAAGAUGAUUAAACGAUAAGACCCUCCUCUGAUGAUUCAUCAAUGCUGUGUCAACUCUGGACAACUUUGCUGAGCAGUGAGGCAGAGAUGGACUUCACCACUUUACUUGGUCUCUGUGGAAAUGAGUUGCAGCUUCCAGUCCAGGGUGAAAUACGAGUGUUUGAGAGAGCAGAAGAAGUGAUGAAGCAGAGUCUAGAGAGGGUUCAUCUCUGUCUACACUGGGAUCAGAGAACUGUUCUCAGUGAAGCUCUCAGCAAAACCAUCUUAAAGUGUCUACCAAAUAUCAACAAGUUCAGGUUUACCCCUCUACAACAUCAGAGAGGAUCCCUUGAAAGACUGGAAACAGAAGAGAAAGCAGCCCUACUAGAUUUGUGUCUACAAGCAGCACUAGAUCACAGAGAAACGCUCCAGAGAACUGUGAACACACUGCUGUCAAUGUUCUCUGUGUAUCAAACUGAGAGAUAUGACAUCCUGCUGGAUCUGUACUCACAUGUGAAGUACAAUAGUAAUCAAACAGCCAGGAGUGUCCUUCCAUCAUUGAAGCCACUUUACCAGCCAGCCAGUCAUGUAGUCUGGUCCAUAGACCUCUCAGAGAGAAAGGCCUCCCUCCUAGAAGUGCUGAAACUCCAACCAGAGAAGAAACCAGUAGAGCUGAAGGGCUGGUCAGAUGAAGAGAGUGAAGUGAGGAGUUUCCUUCAGUGUCUGCCCUACAUCUCACAGCUGAGAUUUCCUCCACUGAAGGAUAAUGUAGAGAGGAUAAAGAGAGAGAAGACAUUCCUACUGAAUCUGUGUCUUCAAGCACCUCUCCAUGAGAGAGGAACCAUACAAACAACUGUAGAGAAAGUGUUGUCACUGUCUGAAGUAUAUCACUAUCAGAAAUGUAAUUUCCUGCUGGAUCUGUACUCACAUGUGAAGGACUAUGAGACUCAAACAGGCAGGAGUGUCCUUCCAGCAUUACAGCCAGUUUACCAGUCAGCUCCUGCAGUCUGGUCCAUAGACCUCUCAGAGAGAAAGGCCUCCCUCCUCCUAGAAGUGCUGAAACUCCAACCAGAGAAGAAACCAGUAGAGCUGAAGGGCUGGUCAGAUGAAGAGAGUGAAGUGAGGAGUUUCCUUCAGUGUCUGCCCUACAUCUCACAGCUGAGUUUCUGUCCAUGGAGGUCUGAUCCCUCAAAGCAGAUCAAGUUCCUGGUGGAUCUCCUGUCUCAAGCAGCAGAGAGGGAGGAGCAGACAGGAGAGAAGAUACUGAAGCUGGUAUCAUCAGUGUGGACUUACAGCACCUUUCCUUUCUGUGAUGAUGAUGAGAUCAAGGAAUAUCAAUGUGAUUUCCUGCUGGAUCUGUACUCACAUGUGAAGGACUAUGAGACUCAAACAGGCAGGAGUGUCCUUCCAGCAUUACAGCCAGUUUACCAGUCAGCUCCUGCAGUCUGGUCCAUAGACCUCUCAGAGAGAAAGGCCUCCCUCCUCCUAGAAGUGCUGAAACUCCAACCAGAGAAGAAACCAGUAGAGCUGAAGGGCUGGUCAGAUGAAGAGAGUGAAGUGAGGAGUUUCCUUCAGUGUCUGUCCUACAUCUCACAGCUGAGCUGUGAUGAUGACAGGUUCUUCCAGACUGUGUGUGAAUCCAUCCCUGUGAGGUCCAGAGAGGAGGACCAGCAGUUGGCCUCUCUCCUCCAGGCCUUGGGCUCCACCCUGUCACUGGGAGGAGAGUUACCCAGGAAAACCUGCAGGUCUGUGGGGAGAGUCCUGGGUCUCUGUGCCUCCAGAGUGGACCUCACUCUCACCCCCAGCAAGAUCUCUCUCCAAGGAGCCUUACUUCUUUUGAGACAUGAGUCAAAGCUCCACAAGCUCAGGCUGAAUGUGGGUAUGGCAGUGAAACUGUCCAGACUGGUUAGGAGGACAGAGAGAGGUGCUACUCCUCUGACUGUCCCAGAACUCUCCCUGGUCCUAAAGAGCAGCCAGCCACCAGAGAGAGUGUUAUCCAGGGCUCUGAGUAGUGUGGCGUCCCUGCUGAGACUCUGGAGGGUUCAGUGUCUGGACCUGACUGAUUUCUGGUUCCAGGGUCACUCUCUCAUCACACUGCUGUGUCACCAGGGACCUCUCUCUCUCAGACUGAACUCAGACACUCUGCAGCAGCUGACUGUAGUUGUGUAUGAAGCUCAGGACAAGGACUUGACUCAGUGGUUCCUGGAGAAGGUUGGUGGAGACCUGACCUCCUGCAGGCUGGACUGGGAAGUGCUUCUCUCUCUGCUGCAGCAUUCAACCCACAACAUCACUGUGGACCUCAGGAAGAACCGGCUUCUAGAGAAGAACAUCUCAGAUCUUCUCCCCUUUCUGGGAAGAGUUACUCUCAAGAGGUCCAGUUCCAGCUUUGUAAAGUCCUCCAUCAGACAGAUCUAUGACAGUAGAGCCAGUGACUGUGUGUCCAGUUUGUUGAGGUCUUCAGACCAUUGGAUCAACCUGAACAGCAGAGAGCUGGACAGAGUGGACUGUACUGCUCUGUGUUUUACCCUGCAGCACAGCCACCAAGUCAAAGUCAACCUGCUGUGGACCUCCAUACCACCGGGGGAGAUAGAGAGCAUCCUGCCUCUUCUGGACAGAGUCUCCCAACUCAGUGUUGACAGGAAGUUACUGCUGAGUUUCCUCCAGUGCUGUGCUGCCUCUCAGAUCCAGCAGGGGGCACCAUCACCACCACAAACAGCAGUAUGGCUGCUCAGGUCUCUGCACUACAGGCUGGACUUCUCCUACUCCUCCUCUGUGGACCUGUCAGCUCAGGACCAGGAGAAGGCUCUGUGUCUGACCACUGACCACUGCAGGGACAUCAACUCUGUUCUGAAGCAGAACCAACACAGCACCCAGCUGGUCCAGAACCAGGUCCAGCUCAUCCUAAGAGACUGUGAGGUGGAGGACAGAGCACUGAGGGAGCUGCUUCCCAUCCUGCAUAUUGUCAAGCUGAGCCCCAGCAAAGCUCUGCUACUUCAGCUGCUGGACCUUGUGUGUGAGGGGAUUGAAGAGGGGCUGCUGAGGCACACAGAGUCCCUGUGCAGAGCCCUGGAUGGGGAGCUGGACCUCAGUGAGACCAGGCUGGAACAGAAGGCCUGUGGAUCUCUGGCCCUGGUUCUGGAACACUCAGAGGGUCUGUCAGAACUGGACCUCAGCCACUGUCAACUCACAGACCACCACCUACAGCCCCUGAUCACACACCUGCAUAAAGUACAAGUCCUGGACCUGAGUCACAAUGACAUCACUGAUGCUCUGACUGACAGAAUACUCCAACUGGUCUCUACCAACACUUCAAUACACACCGUACGACUCUUCAACAACAGAAUCAUGAACAGAACCGCUUUCCUCACAGACAAGAGGUUUGAGAUUGGAAUAAACAUCAGGUCUUGGUCCAGGAAGAGGAAGAGAUGGCUGUUAGGUCUUAGUCCAGGAAGAGGAAGAGGAAGACAUGGCUGUUAGGUCUUAGUCCAGGAAGAGGAAGAGGUGGCUGUUAUGUCUUAGUCGAGGAAGAGGAAGAGGAAGAGAUGGCUGUUAGGUCUUAGUCGAGGAAGAGGAAGAGGAAGAGAUGGCUGUUAGG